GACUGUCGCUGAUUGUUUUCGAAGGUGACGUGUGCUCUGCUUAAUUUCACUUAGAAUUUCACUUGUAACUUAAGUUUUACCGUGCUAUAUAAAGCACUGACUGUCAAAAAUCAUGUUAAAAUACGGCGGUGUAUUUCUUGUGUUAUUGUGUGUUCUUGAAUGUGGUACAGGACUUUAUUUUCACAUCGCUGAAACCGAACGAAAAUGUUUCAUCGAUGAAAUCCCAGAUGAAACAACUGUUUUAGUAAAUUACAAAGUCGAAUUAUAUGAUCCAAGAACCGGUGGAUUCGCCCAGACCAGGCCUGGAAUGGGUAUGCACGUGGAAGUUCGGGAUCCAGAUGAUAAAAUGAUUCUUUCCAGAGUGUAUAGUUCAGAAGGAAGAUUUUCUUUUACUUCCCACACUCCCGGUGAACAUGUAAUUUGUUUGUAUUCUAACAGUAGUUCUUGGUUCAGUGGUACCCAAUUGAGAGUACAUUUGGACAUUCAUGUUUCUGAUCAUAGUAUUGAUUAUUCAAAUACAGCACACAAGGAAAAGUUUACUCAGUUACAGUUGAGGCUACGCCAACUUCUUGAUCAAGUGGAACAAAUAACAAAGGAACAAAAUUACCAGAGGUAUCGUGAAGAACGUUUCAGGCAAACAUCUGAAAGUACAAAUCGCCGUGUGUUUUGGUGGUCACUCGCUCAGUCUGUAAUUUUAUUGUUCAUGGGUGCAUGGCAAAUGAGACAUUUGAAGAGUUUCUUUGAAGCAAAGAAACUAGUUUAA